UCAUUUGCAUGCUUCGUUAUUCUCUAUAUUUCUCUCCCUCUUUCUCUUCACACUCUGGCUUUCAUUCAUUUGCAUUGCGAGAAAACGAAAAACUCUGAAAACCGCAACAAACUCACACACACUCACAAGAGAGUAACAACCAAACAAACAACAAAUCUCUCAUCAUGGCAGUUGAGGCUCCUCCGCACAACAUGAAUCUCUUCCCCUCGCAGUUACUAACCGCCAGAGAAAUGAUGAAACCGAAUCUUGGCUUCUACACCGCACAGCAAACGGAAGCUGCUGCUGCUGCUGCUACGCCUCUUCUUCAGUCAACGGCGUUACCUUUUCUCCACCAAUCCGAUAGUGGCCUCACCUGCCACGUCACCACCACCGCUCCGACGAGAAAACGCUCCAGAGACUCCAUCACCACUGUACCAAACGCGCUUCUACCACUUCCGCAGAAGAACAAACUAUCAUCAUCAUCAUCAUCAUCACCACCACCGUCCAUUCUCGAUCAAGAGCUUCUCUUCCAUUUCCAGAACCAGCAAUCCGAGAUCGACCGCUUCAUCGUACAACACACGGAGAAAGUGAGAAUGGAGAUGGCGGAGCAGCGAGUGAGGCAAUCGAGAAUGUUGAUAACGGCGAUUCAAGAAGCCGUGGCGAAGAAACUGAAGGAGAAAGACGAAGAGAUUCAGCGCGUGGGGAAGCUGAAUUGGGUUCUGCAAGAACGAGUGAAGAGCAUCUGCGUGGAGAAUCAGAUUUGGAAAGAACUAGCGCAAACAAACGAAGCCACCGCGAAUAAUCUUCGGAACAAUCUAGAACAAGUUCUGGCGCACGUUAGCGAAGAUCACCAUAACCACAACCACCACGCCGUCGAAGCGGCGGAAUCGAGUUGCGCGAGCAACAACAACAACAACCACCCCCACCGCGAGGAGGAGGAGGUUUGCGGCGGAUACGAGCGAAACGACGGCGUUUUGGGGAAGAGGAUGUGCAAUCAGUGUGGGGUAAGAGAAUCGAUAGUGCUGUUGUUGCCAUGUAGGCAUCUGUGUUUGUGCACAAUGUGUGGGUCCACCGUACACAAUUGCCCUCUUUGUCAAUCUGGCAUUAAUGCCAGUGUUCAUGUUAAUUACUCUUAGGAGGAGUUUUUUUCUUCUUCUUCUUUUCUUUUCUUAACGUUUUCCAUAUACUACUACUCCAUUUUACACCACCGGAAAAAAAUAGUUACAGUUUACUUUCUUUUUUGUCCGAAGGACAGUGUAAGGAGGACAAAGAAAUAGUAGAAUGUAGAAUUCUUUUGUUGAUACAGAUUUUUUUUCUCUCUC